AUGACUGCGAUCGACCCCGACAAGUGGCUCGCAACGGUUAUGGAGUGCCAGCACCUCCCCGAGCCCGACAUGAAGGUCCUCUGCGAGCGCGUCCGCUCCAUCCUCCUCGAAGAGUCCAACAUCCAACCCGUCUCGAGCCCGGUCACCAUCUGCGGCGACAUCCACGGCCAGUUCUGGGACCUGCUCGAGCUCCUCCGCAAGGGCGGGAUGGUUCCCGAGACGAGCUACAUCUUCAUGGCACACCACGCCCAGGGCGACUUCGUCGAUCGCGGGCACUACAGCCUCGAGACGGUCACCCUUCUCCUCGUCCUGAAGGCGCGAUACCCGGACAAGGUCACUCUCCUGCGGGGCAACCACGAGAGCAGGCAGAUCACGCAAGUGUACGGGUUCUAUGACGAGUGCCAGCAAAAGUACGGCUCAGCGCAAGUCUGGAAAGCUUGCUGCGGCGUCUUCGACUACCUCAACCUCGCUGCCAUCAUCGACGGCGAGACGCUGUGCGUCCACGGCGGACUCUCGCCCGACAUCCGCACCCUCGACCAGAUCCGCGUGUUGUCCCGCGCGCAGGAGAUCCCCCACGAAGGCGCCUUCUGCGACCUCAUGUGGUCCGACCCCGAGGACAUCGAGAACUGGGCCGUCAGUCCCAGAGGCGCGGGAUGGCUGUUCGGAGGGAGCGUCACCCAAGAGUUCAACCAUGUGAACUCGCUCCGGCUCAUCGCGCGCGCGCACCAGCUCGUCCAGGAGGGCUACAAGUACAUGUUCGACGAGCAGCUCGUCACCGUCUGGUCCGCGCCGAACUACUGCUACCGCUGCGGCAACAUGGCGUCCGUGCUCACCAUCCGGGAGGACGGCGAGCGAUCGUUCAUCGUGUACGACGCGGCGCCGGAGAACGAGCGGGACAAGGGGAUGCAGAGGACACGGAAGAUGGGCAACAUGCCGUACUUUGUCUAG